UCCCCUCAGACCGCUGCUGCCCGGCCCGCGGUUCCGACAGCUCGGCGCGGUACUGGGCCGGGGUCGCUCCUCUGGGGCUCAGUCCGGGUGGGAGUGUCCCAGGAGUGUCACACAGGGGCUGGGGGGCUUGUGGCCCCUCUGCCUGCCUGCUGCUCCCUCAUCCAGAAUCACAGUCUUGAAUCCACGUGGUUCCGGGUGGUCGUCUUGAACGAUGCGAGGACGAACUUUUGCUCUCCUAGGCCUGGACUAACCGACACCAUCCAUCCUUCAGACCCCUGGACCGACUGGAGUGCAACUCCAGCAAACUAGGGAGCUGGGCCUUUCUGUAUUUGAAAGUCCUGCCGGCCAGUGAGCACAUUUCUGGUGAGAAGUUCUCUUAGUGCCCUUAAGGCGUUUUCACCUGAUGAAGCUGUGAUUUCUCCACAAAUUCCGCCUGAGAACGAAAUCUGCAGGACGAGUGGACAGAAGAAGAAAUGGACAGCUCUCAGGGACAGCUGACCUUCCGGGACGUGGCUCUAGAAUUCACUCAGGAAGAGUGGGAAUGCCUGAGCCACAGUCAGCGGGAACUGUACACAGACGUGAUACUAGAGACCUAUGGGCACCUCCUCUUCUUGGGUCUCCUUGUAUCGAAACCAGACCUGGUCAUCUUUUUGGAGCACGAGAAGGAGCUGUGGGGUGUGAAGAGACAGGAGACAGUAGCCUCACACCCAGCUGUGUCUUCGCAGUGCACCCAGAGAUUCUUGCCAAUGCCGUGCUUAGAACAUUCUCUUCAAAAAGUGUCAACGGUGGAACAUAGUACCUUUGAGAAUUAUCAUGUAAUGAUAGAACGGGUCAACAAUGGGGAGAGUGAAGGGCAUCAAACAUAUGACGGCCAUAACCAAACAGAGACCUCUGCCCAUAGGAAGAAUCUCACUGCCCCAAGUAGUGAACCACAUAAUGUAUUUGACAAAACCUCCCCUUUCAUGUUGGCUACUUCUGUCAAGCAGCAUGUUUCAGUAACCAAAACUUCAAAGCAAAUAUUCGAACAUAAAUAUUUGUUGAGUGAAAAACUUGAAAAUCAGGAAAGUGACCACAUUCAAGGUGAAAAAAAGUAUUUGACCCAGUUGGAAAAUGGGAUUGGACUGACCUUUCACUCAAGUGUUUUUGCGAAUCAUAGAUUUAAAACUGAAGAAGAAAGUGUAACCUGGCAUCAACUUGAGGGGCACAUCAGAAAGAGGUCAAUGCAAGAAAAUUACGAGACAGUUUUGAAUGGACAUAGAAUUGCUGUUUGCAGUGAAUCUGAGGCAAAAUUUAACCAAGGCUCCAACGUUAACAAACGUCUGCGUACUCAUUUGCCAGAAAACCAUGUUGAAUGUAAUACAGGUGAGGAAGUCUUGUCUCAAAGACCUAAACGUAUCACACAGAACAGUACGUAUCUGGAAGACAAUCCUUAUACAGAACGUGGGAAAGCUCUGCAGUUGUCCUCCAGUAUUCGUGAUCAUCAGACAAUUUUUGUGGGACAAAACCCAUCCACAUGUAAUAAGUCUGGAAACUUAAGUCAGUCACCAGGACUAAAUAUACAGAAGACAACUGGUACUGGAGAGAAAAGGUACACUUGUAAGGACUGUGGCCUAGUCUUUCAUUUGCACUCAAGGCUCUCUCAACAUCAGCGAAUCCAUGCUGGAGAGACGUCCUCCAACUAUGAAGAAUGUGGUCAAACCAUAAAGGACUGCUCAUCACAGAAUACACUAGGGCAAAUCCAUAUUAGAGAGAGACUUGACAAGUGUCAACAAUGUGGCAAGGCCUUUAAUAGGCACUCCUACCUUACUAGACAUCAGAGCAUGCAUAUUGGAGAGAAACCUUACCAAUGUCAAGAAUGCACCCAAGCCUUUAAAGGGAACUCAAAUGUCACUUAUCAUCAGAGGGUUGUCACUGAAGAGAAACCUUACCAAUGUAAAGAAUGUGACAAGGCCUUUCGCAAACACUCACACCUUAAUCAACAUCUCAGGAUUCAUACUGGAGAGAAAUCUUACAAAUGUGAACAAUGUGGCAAGGCCUUUACAAACCACUCAAGCCUAACUCAACAUCACAGAAUUCAUACUGGUGAGAAACCUUACAAAUGUGAAGAGUGUGGCAAGACCUUUAGCCAGCACUCAAAUCUUACUCUACAUCUCAGAAUUCAUACUGGAGAGAAACGUUACAAAUGUCAAGAAUGUGGAAUGCCCUUUAGAAAGAAGGCAAUGCUUACUAAACAUCACAGAAUUCAUACUGGAGAGAAACCUUACAAAUGUCAAGAAUGUGGAAUGGCCUUUAGAAAGAACGCAAUGCUUACUCAACAUAAUAGAAUUCAUACUGGAGAGAAACCUUACAAAUGUCAAGAAUGUGGCAUUACUCUUCGCCAGUACUCAAGCCUUGUUAGACAUCUCAGAAUGCAUACUGGAGAGAAACCUUACAAAUGCAAGGAAUGUGACAAGGCCUUUCCCUGGCACUCAGGCCUAAUUCAACAUCUCAGAAUUCAUACUGGAGAGAAACCUUACAAAUGCAAGGAAUGUGACAAGGCUUUUAGACAGCACUCAAGCCUAACUCAACAUAUCAGAAUUCAUACUGGAGAGAAACCUUACAAAUGCAAGGAAUGUGACAAGGCUUUUAGACAGCAGUCAUGCCUUAUUGUACAUCACAGAAUUCAUACUAGAGAGAAACCUUACAAAUGUGAGGAAUGUGGCCAAGCCUUUAUCAACCAAUCACACCUUAGUGAACAUCUCAGAAUUCAUUCCGGUGUGAAACUUUACAAAUGUCAAGAAUGUGGCAAGGCCUUUAUCAACCGGUCACACCUUAGUGAACAUCUCAAAAUUCAUACCGGAGUGAAACCUUACAAAUGUCAAGAAUGUGGCAAGGCCUUUCCCCGGCCAUCGAAACUUACCAGACAUCACAGAAUUCAUAUAAGAGAGAAACUUGAAAAUCAUAUUGCUAGAGGCCCCGAUGUCCCGUUGGAUGAUGCCUUAGGACUGGAUUCAGGUUGCAAUACCAUGCCUGUCAGGUUAGGGGGGUGUGGGUCACUGGUGCAAGGAGUUCUCCGACCUACAGCAGAAUGGCCGCUCAGUCGCCACCUUAAGGUGGGAGUGUCCCAGGAGUGUCACACAGAUCCCCUGGAGGGUGGGGGGCCUGUGGCCCCUCUGCCUGCCUGCUGCUCCCUCAUCCAGAAUCACAGUCUUGAAUCCACGUGGUUCCGGGUGGUCGUCUUGAACGAUGCGAGGACGAACUUUUGCUCCUGUAGUCCUGGACUAACCGUCAUCCUUGUUCCCUCGAUCCAAAAUGUUAGCUUGACUAUGACGCAGCAGCCACCGGAGAGCCGAGUGUCUGUGCCAAGCAUGUCUUUGAGAGUCCGUUGCAGCGUUUCGCCUCAGAGCUGGUGGCGGCCCGGUGAGCAUCCCAGCUCAGCGCCAAAAGCCUUGGGCUACGAAGGGCCAGGAUCCGGAUCACCGUCCAUCUUUCAGAGACCCCUGGACCGACUGGAGUGCAACUCCGGCACACUAGGAAGCUGGGCCUUUCUAUAUUUGAAAGUCCUGCCGGCCAGUGAGCACGUUUCUGCUGUGAUUUCUCCACACAUUCCGCCUGAGAACGAAAUCUGCAGGACGAGUGGACAGAAGAAGAAAUGGACAGCUCUCAGGAGAGCAGAGGAGAGGCUGCUGCCCGGAGGCAGUGAGUUGGGGCUGAAUUUGCAGGGGGAAGAUGAGGAGGGACAGCUGACCUUCCAGGAUGUGGCUGUAGAAUUCUCUCAGGAAGAGUGGGGACGCCUGAACCAUAGACAGCGGGAACUAUAUGCGGAUGUGAUACUGGAGACCUAUGGGCACCUCCUCUUCUUGGGUCUCCUUGUAUCGAAACCAGACCUGGUCAUCUUUUUGGAGCAAGGGAAGGAGCUGCGGGAUGUGAAGAGACAGGAUACGGUAGCCUCACACCCAGCUGUAUCUUCGCAAUGCACUGAGAGAUUCCUGCCAAGACUGUGCUUAGAAAAUUGUCUUCAAAAAGUGUCAACCGGGGAACAUAGUACCCUUGAGAAUUUACAUUUAACUAUAGAACGGGUCAACAAUGGGGAGAGUGAAGGGCAUCAAACAUAUCAUGACGGCCAUAACCAAACAGAGACCUCUGCCCAUAGGAAGAAUCUCACUGCCCUAAGUGGUGAACAAUAUAAAGUAUUUGACAAAACCUCCCCUUUCAUGUUGGCUACUUCUGUCAAGCAGCGUGUUUCAGUAACCAAAAAUUCAAAGCAAAUAUUCGAACAUAAAUAUUUGUUGAAAGAAACAUUUGAAAAUCAGGAAAGUGACCACAUUCAAGUUGAAAAUAAGUAUUUGGCCCAAUUGGAAAAUGGGAUUGGACUGACCUUUCACUCAAGUGUUUCUGAGAAUCAUAGAUUUAAAACUGAAGAAGAAAAUGUAACGUGGCAUCAACUUGAGGGGCACAUCAAAAAGAGGUCAGCCCAACAAAAUUACGAGACGAUUUUGAAUGGACAUAGAAUUGCUGCUUGCAGUGAUUCUGAGGCAAAAUUUAACCAGGGCUCCAACGAUAACAAAUGUCUGCAUACUCAUUUGCCAGAAAACCAUGUUGAAUGUAAUACAGGUGAGGAAGUCUUGUCUCAAAGACCUAAACAUAUCAUACAGAGGAGUACACAUCUGGAAGACAAUCCUUACAAAUAUAGAGAACGUAGGAACGCUCUGCAGCUAUCCUCCAGUGUUCGUGAUCAUCAGAUAAUUUGUGUGGGACAAAACACAUCCACAUGUAAUAAGUCUGGAAACCAUAGUCAGUCACCAAGACUAAAUAUACAGAAGACAACUAGUACUGGAGAGAAAAGGUACACUUGUAAGGACUGUGGCCUAGUCUUUCAUUGGCACUCAACACUAUCUCAACAUCAGCGAAUGCAUGCUGGAGAGACAUCCUACAACUGUGAAGAAUGUGGUCAAACCUUUAAGGACUGCUCAUCACUAAAUACACAUGGGCAAAUCCAUAUUAGAGAGAGACUUGACAAAUGUCAACAGUGUGGCAAGACUUUUAAUAAGUACUCCUACCUUACUAGACAUCAGAGCAUGCAUAUUGGAGAGAAACCUUACCAAUGUCAAGAAUGCACCCAAGCCUUUAAAGGGAACUCAAAUGUCACUUAUCAUCAGAGGGUUGUCACUGAAGAGAAACCUUACCAAUGUAAAGAAUGUGACAAGGCCUUUCGCAAACACUCACACCUUAGUCAACAUCUCAGAAUUCAUACUGGAGAGAAAUCUUACAAAUGUGAACAAUGUGGCAAGGCCUUUACAAACCACUCAAGACUAACUCAUCAUUACAAAAUUCAUACUGGAGAGAAACCUUACAAGUGUGAAGGAUGUGGCAAGGCCUUUCGCCGGCACUCAAGCCUUACUCUACAUCUCAGAAUUCACACUGGAGAGAAACCUUACAAAUGUGAACAAUGUGGCAAGGCCUUUCGUCAGCACUCAAAACUUAGUCAACAUAUCAGAAUUCAUACUGGAGAGAAACCUUACAAAUGUGAAUUAUGUGGCAAGGCCUUUCGCCAGCCGUCACACCUUACUGAACAUCACAGAAUUCAUACUGGCGAGAAACCUUACAAAUGUGAAGAGUGUGGCAAGACCUUUAGCCAGCACUCAAAUCUUACUCUACAUCUCAGAAUUCAUACUGUAGAGAAACGUUACAAAUGUCAAGAAUGUGGAAUGGCCUUUAGCAAGAACACAAUGCUUACUAAACAUCACAGAGUUCAUACUGGAGAGAAACCUUACAAAUGUCAAGAAUGUGGAAUGGCCUUUAGAAAGAAUGCAGUGCUUACUCAACAUAAUAGAAUUCAUACUGGAGAGAAACCUUACAAAUGUCAAGAAUGUGGCAUGGCUGUUCGCCGGUACUCAAGCCUUGUUCGACAUCUCAGAAUGCAUACUGGAGAGAAACCUUACAAAUGCAAGGAAUGUGACAAGGCCUUUCCCUGGCACUCAGGCCUAACUCAACAUCUCAGAAUUCAUACUGGAGAGAAACCUUACAAAUGCAAGGAAUGUGACAAGGCUUUUAGACGGCGCUCACACCUAACUCAACAUCUCAGAAUUCAUACUGGAGAGAAACCUUACAGAUGUGAAGAGUGUGGCAAGGCCUUUAGCCAGUACUCAAGCCUUACACUACAUCACAGAAUUCAUACUAGAGAGAAACCGUACAAAUGUGACGAAUGUGGCCAGGCCUUUAUCAACCAAUCACACCUUAGUGAACAUCUCAGAAUUCAUUCUGGUGUGAAACUUUACAAAUGUCAAGAAUGUGGCAAGGCCUUUCGCUACCCCUCAUACCUUAAUCGACAUCUCAGAAUUCAUACUGGAGAGAAACCUUACAAAUGUGAAGAAUGUGGCAAGGCUUUUCCCUGGUCAUCGAAACUUAUCAGACAUCACAGAAUUCAUAUAAGAGAGAAACUUGAAAAGUGUUAAAAGAAUGUUAGUGCCUGUAAGUGGCCCUCAGCCCUUAUUGGACAUCAGAGAAUUCCUAGUGGGGAGUAACCACAGAAAUGUAAACAAGGUGGCAGACUCUCCCUGCUCAUCACAAUGUACUCAACAUUGUAGUUAUCACAUAGGAGCAAAACUUAAAUGGAAAGAAAGUGGCCUCCCCUUUACCUAGAAUUCAAUCAUUGCUCUAAGUCUCAAAAUGCACCCUUGAUGCAAACCCUCGCCUUGUAAUGAAUGAGAUAACACCAUCAUUUUAAAUUACACUUUCGGGGCACCUGGGUGGCUCAGUCGGUUAAGCCUCAGACUUCGGCUCAGGUCAGA